UAAAUAGUGAUAUUGCUAUCAAUCGGUUUAACGUAAAACUAGAAUUUUUACCAUUUCGGUCUCGUUAAUUUUGUUGAUUUGUGAUUGUGAGUGACCGCUUUUAAUUUUCUGGAUAGUUCUUUGUCGACUUCUGGUAGGGAAUUUUGAAUUAUCGGCAUCUGCAAACGCACACCAUGGGAACUCGAAUCGAGUGCAUCGUCACGGUCGCAUCGAUCCUCUUCUUCAUCUUCACGAUGCCGCUGGCGGUAUUUGUCUGCAUUAAAGUCGUAGCCGAGUUCGAACGCGCGGUCAUCUUUCGACUGGGAAGAUUGAAGAAAGGUCGAGCGAUCGGGCCCGGUACGUUCUUCGUGCUUCCAUGCAUUGACAGUUACACUUGCGUCGAUCUCCGAACGGUCUCAUUUGAUAUACCAGCUCAGGAGGCUCUCACGAAGGAUGCGGUAACGAUUAUGGUGGAUGCCGUGGUCUACUACAGAGUAGAAGAUCCACUCAAUGCGGUGGUAAAGGUUACAGAUUUCCGUCACUCGACGAUGAUGCUGGCGAUGACCUCCCUGAGAAACAUACUGGGCACGAAGAACCUUACCGACGUUCUAUCGGAGCGCGAGUCCAUUUCGGCGGCGAUGCAGGAAGUACUCGAUGAAGCCACCCAUCCGUGGGGAGUUAAAGUCGAACGAGUCGAAAUUAAAGACGUGAGUCUGCCGACUCAACUGCAGAGGGCGAUGGCUGCCGAAGCGGAGGCGUCGCGCGAAGCCAGAGCCAAGGUUAUUGCUGCGGAGGGCGAGAUGAAGGCAUCGCGUGCGCUUAAGGAGGCCGCGGACGUUAUCUCAGAGUCGCCCGCGGCCCUACAACUGAGGUACCUGCAGACCCUCAACACGAUUUCGGCCGAGAAGAACUCUACGAUUGUGUUUCCACUGCCCAUCGACCUUUUAACCGCUUUCGUUCCCAAGGCACGUUCUUAGAUUGGCAUCAAGCAGUGUGUUUACAGUACAAAUUAUGUUCUUACUUAAGUUGCCAUUCAGGAAUUAAAUAAACUAAGACCUACGGUCUGUUUGCGGCAGAUCCAAUCAAUUCUCAAA